GCCUGCUCCGCGCCCGCCGUCGGUGCCGGUGCAGGCGGCGGUGGCGGUGCCGGUGCCACCGGCUCCCGCCGCCCCUCCUCCCUUACCCCGGCCCCGCGUUCCCAUGGCUGGGCAGGAGUGGGACUGGUUCCAGCGCGAGGAGCUCAUCGGGCACAUCAGCGACAUCCGUGUGCAGAACCUCCAAGUGGAACGGGAAAAUGUACAGAAGAGGACAUUUACCAGAUGGAUAAACCUACAUUUGGGAAAGUGCAAGCCUCCUCUGAAAGUGAAAGACUUGUUUAUUGAUAUACAAGAUGGCAAAAUCUUGAUGGCACUACUGGAAGUCCUGUCUGGGCAAAAGCUGAUGCAUGAAUACAAGUCUUCAACCCAUCGUAUUUUUCGUUUGAACAACAUAGCCAAAGCACUUAAGUUCUUGGAGGAUAGUAAUGUAAAACUUGUCAGCAUCGAUGCAGCAGAAAUAGCAGAUGGAAAUUCCUCUCUGGUACUUGGACUAAUAUGGAAUAUAAUCUUGUUUUUUCAGAUUAAGGAGUUGACGGGUAACCUCAACAGGAACUCCUCCUCUUCCAGUCUGUCUUCUGGACCCAGUGGUCCUGAGUCAGACACAUCCCACCCCAGCACUCCCAACGUGGAGAGGAUGCCUGUCACAGUGAAGGAUCAGCGGAAAGCCAUCAGAGCCCUUUUAAUUUGGGUUCAGAGGAAAACCAGAAAGUAUGGUGUUGCAGUUCAGGACUUUGCCAGCAGUUGGAGGAGUGGCCUUGCUUUCUUAGCUGUCAUAAAAGCAAUAGACUCUACUUUGGUGGACAUGAAGCAGGCACUAGAAAAAUCUGCUCGAGAAAACCUGGAGGAUGCUUUCAGCAUAGCACAAUAUAAGCUGGGUGUUCCUCGGCUCCUAGAACCAGAAGAUAUCAUGGUGGAAUCACCCGAUGAGCAGUCAAUUGUGACAUAUGUGGCACAAUUCCUGGAACACUUCCCGGAGCUGGAAGGGGAAGAUUUUAUGGAUCCUGACAAGGAGCUUCCAAUUGAGUCCACAUAUGUCCAUAUCAAAGAUUCUCCUUCAGAAAAAGAAAGCAAAAUCCUAAUUUUAAGUGAAAGUGAUGAAAACAUGUACAUGGUUAAUCAUGAAAGGCGUCAUCCUGCACCUCCAAAGGUUCUUAUUCAUGACACCCCUGAGAGAUUGCCAUCAGAAACUGCUCCUGAAAAAUGUAAUGGGAAAUUCAGUCAAGUGUUAGGUGAUUCACAGGAAAUGUCUGAAGAGGAGCCUCAGAGGCCCACCUCCCUGAAAAUUACAGGCUCUGUCACUUUUGAAUCCAGUUCCUCUUGGGAGGGUCUAAGUGAUAAAUUCGUGCCAGGUGAAGGGGUCAUAACUGAUGGUCAACUGAAACAGAAUGAUGCCCCUUCUCCAUCCAUUCCAGCACAUCAGAAAAAUUCUGUUGACUCUUUUGAAGACUAUUCGGAAGAAUUAACUAAAGAAACCUCAACUGAAUAUGACAAUGAAACUAAGAGCCUUUCAGCCAAUACUUCUUCGCUGAGUCCAUUAUCCUGGACUUCAGGUAUACUUACAGAUGAAUCUAUAAAUAAAGUAGAAGAGAGCAAACCAAAAGCUUCAAUUAUUUUACCGGAAGAUACCUCAAAACAAGAGGAUACACAAAAGUAUGUUCUUCAACUUCUAAAUGAGGAAAUGAAACUUCUACAAAAUGAACAUACAGAUCAAUCCCCUGACUUUGAGACAGUAGAGACUAACCAUUGUUCACUGAAUGGUUCUAAUCUCAAAAGCCAAGAACUAUCUAGACAGCAUGAAACAUCUGAUGACUCUCUCUCAGAUGUGCCUAAAGAUUCAGAGGACCCUGAGAGCGGUGAUGAAGUUGACUCUUCAUCUGAAGUGCCACUCAGUUCUUCAAAAGUAUCUGUGAUACCCCACGAUCUCUUUUAUUAUCCACAUUAUAAUGUUCCCAUAUCAGCAGUUUUGGAUGCUUACCUUGAGCCUUGUAUUGGAGGGUAUGAUAUUGGAAAUAAUAAAGAUGCUUCUGAAACAUUAAAGGAAAAGUUACAUGAGAAGGGCUCACCAGAACAGAGCUACAAGGAAGAUUCUCCAGAGCCAGACCUGAGGAAUAAAUUAGGUGUCCCCCCAUCAGAAAUGGAUGCUGAGAAUGGCAAGGAGGAAGCCACAGAAACUAACAGCCACAUUAAUUCUUCCAAUGAAGAAGUGCUAUUACUAGCAGAAGAAGAGUUAGAAAUUGAAAAAGAUGGCAAAAAGGCCGCCAACCAUCAAGAUACCAUUCUUCCACAACAUCCUGAGGCCCUAGUAGACCAUCUAGAGCAUUUGUCAACAGCCAUGGAGAUACCAGGGAAAAAUAGUAACAUGGAGGAAAAAGGGAAAAAUAUGAUCAAAGCAGAUGAUUUACACAUCUCAGAGUUUGGCAUUCCGACUCUAUCACAAGAUAAACUGGAAGAAAUUGCUGAUUGUCAGGAAUUUAUCAGGACCAGUAACAGUGAUUCCAACACUUACCUCCGAAAAAGGUCUCCUAAUACUUCCGAGGAGGAAACUUACAUUGAAAAUGACCAGAAGAUGACAGAUAUGGGUGAAAAUCCAUUAAUCAUCAGGAAGAAAAAGGACUUAGAAGCAAGUGAGAUUCCAGCACCAGCUCAUGAGAUGGGGAUUGCUGAGCAGCCAGAGCUAUUCUACUUCAUUAUUUUCUUCUGGGUGCUGGUCUACUGCCUUUUACUCAUUCCUCAGCUCCGCAGCAACAAAGUUUGAUCACUCUGAGGUGUGGAAAAAUAAAGGACAGUGGCUGGAUUGUUUUGUGUAUCUGCAUAUGAGUAUGUUCCUUCAGGUGAAGCACAAACAGAAAUAUAGGAUCUGGUAUUUUGAGUUUAUAAUCAGGUUGUUCUCAGUUCCUCUACUGUUGUGCUAUAAAAAUGUCUAAGCACAUUUUACAUUAUGGUAAUUGUGUAAAUAUAUAUAUAAAUUACCUGAUUUAGUAGAUGCAAUUUUGUAUAUUUGUGCCUUGCUUUAUAAGAUGCUAAACAAAACCAGGUAAUUAUCAGUAGAAAUAUGAACAGUUCAGAGCUCUAGUCUUCAAAAAUUAUUCUUCUGGCUCCAUUUACUUACGUAGGACCAGACAGUUGUGGAAAAGGGUUGGUGGUGACUUGCCUAUGAACCUGUCUGACCUUCAAGAGCAGGGCUAGAAAUCCUUUGUUCCAUUUUCCAGGGAAUUCAGAGAGAGCUGGAGGCAGAGCAGAGCUGCAGGUGGUGGAACACGCUUACCCCAGGAAUUGAUUACAAUUCUAAUGCAAAUCCAGCAGAGCAACAAAAUCAGGUUGAGGGCUAACUGGGUGGAGGAGUUAGGGUUUUUAGGAUUUAAAUUGAUUUGUAUCCUAUACCUUUUGUUAUGUUUAAUUUGCAGGAAUUUUUAUCCUGCACCUUUUGUUAUGUUUAAUUUGCUGGAGCAAAUCGAGUGUGAAGUGUGAAGAGCAUCCAUAUUAGCUGCUUCUUAGGAUGUAUCAGAUGGGAAAUAUUAGCCCAGAAACUGCUGUAGUGAAUACCUGAAGAAAUCCAUUUUUUGUACCUUACUGAUGGUGGCCAUCUUUGAAAAGAUCUUGAAGAAAUUCAAUAAUUUUAUCAGGAGCAGAUAGCAUGGUUUUGAUUUGGCUUACUUUUGUUUUGUUUGUUUUAAAAAUAUACCUUGCUGCUUCUGAGACUGCUUCUGCUUCUUUGGCUUCCCAGAUACAGUGAAGAUUUCACUUUUUUUAAGAUGCAAAAAAAGAAUAGGUAACCUGAAUUGCUGAGGCUACUGUUAAGGCACAAGUACAUGGUAAAAGUAUUAGAAAUACCCUUUAACUGCCCAAAUCAAUAGCAAAAGAAGUGACAGAUGUAAAAUUAAAUACAGAGAAAUGUUGACAGCUGGUUCUUGCUUUCUAGUGAAACUGAAGAAAAUGUUGUGGCUUGUCCAUAGACACACUUGAGCCACUUCUGCAUCUUGUAAUUUUUGUCCACAUCAGUGAUCACUUUAGGAUAUUUGAUUUAGGAUUUUUGCCAGAGGAGGUGUACCUGUACAUUACAAGACAGAAGAGAGGGCUUCAAAUUCAAUUUAAUAGCAACUUUUCUCUAUGUAACUUGUAGUGACUUGUAGUGUAGUCACUAUUUUUCAUCAGCACAUUUUUAGUUUCCUAGUAUGCUUUAUGAGCUAUAUCCUGGUGCUGCUUCCACUUGAAAAUUCAUAAGGUUGACCACAAUGUGCUUCCUAAAAUGCAGAGUUUCAUAAUUCACAUUGAGUGAAAGUUACAAUGCAUAGCUAUAGGUAUAACAUUUUGAUUUAGCAUAAGGUGGAUCUCUGCCUUGGCUUAGUUUUCAACUGAACUACCAGUACCUGGUCAGGACACAUCAGAAUAUAUAGCAACUCAUCUGCAGGUAUUUAAAACCUGGUUUUAGUUAUGUCACCUUCCAGGGUAAUCCUAACCAGCCAUCAUACUUCAUUCUUCUUUAUAAACUUUUUGCUUCCCUGUGAUUUUUCUUCUGAGCAGCAGUGCAUAGCAGGAGAUCAAACACUGAAGGUAAAAAUCUGAAUCUAUUUCAGUCAACAGAAAGCUGAAAACUUUUGUAUUUUGUCCUGUUGCCCUUGACUAGAGUUAGAUUCCUCCCAUGAAGCUAAAACUAAGAUCCUUUCUGCCUCCUAAGGAAAAGAUCCAAGCUUCCCAACUUAAUUCAGGAUAAAUCAGAGUAAGGAAAGUAAAGAGUCUUUCAUCUUGCUGAUAAAAAUGUUAAGCAUUUGGAAUCAGAUGAUGAUGUUGUGCAUGUUGUGGUUGUUGAUGAAGACAGUGAUACUUUAUUCCAGAAGAAAACCUGUUAGAAAUUUUGAAGAUGCUUUCUUGAAGUAGAUUAAAAUAUGAAAUUGAAGGGCUGGUGUUUUUUCUCUUGAGAGAAUUAAAGUUAAUACCAAGAAACUUUGUAUCCUUAUCUUGAAAUCCAGUGAAUACCAGGCUGGGGCAUGGCAGCUAUUUCAUAGCAGCAAGUAGCAAGGUACACUAGUUUGGAGUAAAAGUCUUGUCAGCUCUUCAAUGUGUCCAAUUCCUUAUGUUCUCCUUUGGUUUAUGACAAGUUUUUCUGAGCUUUUGUAUCAUAUUCUCUGGUUCUUCCACACUUCUUAGUCUUCAGCAGAGAUUAUCUGUAUUUGAAUUACAGUCUCUUUGUAGAACUUUACAGCUGCCAAAGUUAAUUCAAAGGAAACUCUCUUGCCAUCUCUCCUUCCUUGCAAGAAAAUUAAUGAAAACGAGGAGGUCUUUGGAUGUCUCAUCUUAACAACUGACAUACAAAGUGAAUGGGAAUACACUGGGGCUGUCAACUUUGUGAUACAUUAUUUUCUUCCAAGCAGGAGAAAACCCAGGGUUUUCUUUUUCAUUUCCUACUGAUGAACAGUGACUGAAACAGUGAAAUGAAUAGUUCAGAUGUCAAACAGCAUCCAGCAGUCCUCUUGAUCAUCUCACCCAGUGUUUAAACUGAUGUACACUUUCCAGUGGAUCCCAUGAAGAGAUAGAGACUUUUUCUUCUGUGCAAAACAGAUGAAAAAAAACCACCUAAAUUAGUCCAUGGUACUUGGCAUUAAGUUGCUUUCCAAAUUUGGGUUUGUUUGGCUGUGUUGUUCUUGUUACAGAACCAGUCUACCUUACCUGUUCCAUGGGUAAGAAGAUCCAGGGUAAAGAGUUAAGAGUUAAGAGUGAUAAUACUGGCACAAAAGAGUCCUAGCUCAUCAGGAGCUUUUCCAUUAUUUGGAACUGCAAACAAGGGACAACUGCAUAAGCAUCAGCUUCUCUCUUUUAAAUUGAUGUGUAAGCCUCCAGUUCUUUGUCCACAUGGCAGCUGUCCAGUCCCUCAGUACAAGUGCCCCAUUCUGAAAACAUUGCUUGUUGAUGGACUUUGUGUCCUGCUCUGAGCUUACAGGAUAAAAGUCUGAUUGUGAAGCAAUAGCAAAACCUGUUUUAAACUGCUGGCUAGAGGACUGGCUUGAGGCAUUGGAGGUUUUAAAGGCUGGUGGAAAAACUAUCCAUUUUCCAACAGAUAUGUCCACUGUUGAUAUAAAUUUUCCUAGGUUUUUGAAAAAUGCUAAGCUUGUACUGACUGCAGUUUUUGUAUUUUGAUUUAGCAGCAGAACUCACACAAGGGUACCAAUGUGUUACCACUGUUUCUAAAUUCCAUUGUUCUUGAACAAAUGUGUGGGUAGCACAGUAUCGUGAAGUGUAAGUGUCAGAAAGUGCUUGAGAAUCACUGGGUAAAGGAUCUUUGUUCACAGAAGCACCAUUCAAGACAGAGACAACUGUAACAGGAUUGUUUAAUGUUACUGUAGUUGUCUAAUUUAACUGCAAAGCUUUUUGUUGUGGUUUUAUAGAAAGUGUAAGGAAAGACAGCUGUUAAAGACAGAACCCUGGUUAAACUUUUAUGGGGCAGAUGGCUUAGAGAUGGAGAAAUGAGUUUAGCAGUCACAUAAUCUACAAACAAAUCUACAUGAUCAGUGAAAACACAGGACAAGCACAGAUUACAGUAAAAAAAGGACAAUCACUUUUCAAUGCCAUGAAUAUUUUUGAUGGAUUGAGCUCUAAAAUGUAUUUUUAUUGCGUUUCUAGAUUGUAAUGAAUGUGUCUACAGAAUUUUAUGCAAAGCUUGAGAGUUUGGCUGUUUUAAAAUGAUUUUUUUAUAUAGCAGUGAUUAUUUUAUCUAUAUAUUUAAUAGAACUGUAAAAUCAUUUUACGAGUACCUGUAAAAUUCUAUGUAUGUGAUAUGAUUAUUUAUUAAUUAUGAUACAUGAGAAUGAACAUUUAAGCUAUGCAUCAGCUGCAUCAUCCAUUUGAAAACUGGAAACUGCAAACAGGUGAAGAGUCCUUAAUGAACAGAAGACUUGAACAAAAUGGGAAAUUAUUAAAUACAAUUGUGUGAUUCUUAAAGCUGCAUAGCAAGAUGUCAUUUUGUGAUGUUAAACUUUCAGCUAAAGCAGCAAAAUAUACCCAGUGAUUAAGCUACUUUCUUCCAUUAAAACUUCAUGAGGCUGAAA